UCCUGGGCCAACAUGGCUGCGCCCUCAGUAGGGCCAGCUGGUGGGUGCUGCCUCCGGCUCGGUUUCCUCCUAUUGCUGCCGUUGCUCUUGCUGCCCCGCGAGGCGGCUGGGGACGAAGAGGCCAGUACGGGCCCGGGCGCGGCUUCCCUCGCGGGCUCCUGCGGCUGUGGCACUCCCCAGCGGCGCGGGGACCAUGGCGCCUCGGCGGCGGCGCACCGAUACUCGCGGGAAGCGAACGCCCCCGGCCAGGUCCCGGGAGAGCGGCCGCUCGCGCCCACCAAGAUGGUCCUUAUCCCUGCCGGAGUGUUUACAAUGGGCACAGAUGAUCCUCAGAUAAAGCAAGAUGGGGAAGCACCUGCCAGGAGAGUUGCUAUCGAUGCCUUUUACAUGGAUGCCUAUGAAGUCAGUAAUGCUGAAUUUGAGAAGUUUGUGAACUCAACUGGCUAUUUGACAGAGGCCGAGAAGUUUGGUGACUCCUUUGUCUUUGAAGGCAUGUUGAGUGAGCAAGUGAAGACUGAUAUCCAGCAGGCAGAUGAGGCUCAUCAUGGAUGCCAGUCUUCUCAUGUUGCUUCUGCUACUCUGCAGGCAAUACUCCGGAAGACUCUUCGUGUUAAAGCCAAAGAACUAGAGAUACCAGGAUUUGCAGUUGCAGCUGCUCCCUGGUGGUUACCUGUUAAAGGCGCUAACUGGAGACACCCAGAAGGGCCUGACUCUACUGUUCUACACAGGCCUGACCACCCGGUCCUCCACGUCUCCUGGAAUGAUGCUGUUGCCUACUGCACGUGGGCAGGAAAGCGUCUGCCCACGGAAGCUGAGUGGGAGUACAGCUGUCGAGGAGGCCUGCAAAAUAGACUUUUCCCCUGGGGCAACAAACUACAGCCAAAAGGCCAGCAUUAUGCCAACAUUUGGCAGGGCGAGUUUCCUGUGACCAACACCGGGGAGGACGGCUUCCGAGGAACUGCCCCUGUUGACGCCUUUCCUCCCAAUGGUUAUGGCUUAUACAAUAUAGUAGGGAACGCGUGGGAAUGGACUUCAGACUGGUGGACCGUUCACCAUUCUGUUGAAAAAACGCUUAACCCAAAAGGCCCUCCUUCUGGAAAAGACCGGGUGAAGAAAGGUGGAUCCUACAUGUGCCAUAAGUCCUACUGCUACAGGUACCGCUGUGCUGCUCGGAGCCAGAACACGCCGGACAGCUCGGCUUCCAACCUGGGGUUCCGCUGUGCCGCUGACCGUCAGCCCACCAUGGGCUAAGAGCUGAGAUGAGCCUUCCCAAAUCCAAGAUGUUGUGUCUGACCUGCCCUUGGCUUUCCUCAGAAUGUUGAACGACCUCGAGUGAAGAAUUCCCACUCUGAGGGGGGUUUCAUACCCGCCCAGUGGCCAAAGGAACCGCUUUGCGAGACCAAAUCGCUGACCUGCGUCAGCCCACUUGCUUUAUUGUGUGGCGCAUUUCUGGAGAUCAUCGCUGUGCUUACUUUGGACAGUCUUUGAAAGGGGAAGUGGGUGGAGGAGACCCUGAGUGAAACUUUGGAAGGCAUGUGUUCUUCCCUGGCUGUGCCACAGGGGCUAGACCUCAGGGUCCCACACUUGACCUUCCGGAGCCUCGGUGACCUCCUCUGUCCAGUGAGGGGAUGCGCGGCAUGACCUCUGAGGCCUUCUCCAGCUCACAGAGUCUAUGCGUAUAUCAGAGUCUAUUGUGGUUUCAUAGUAAGAGUUUAUGACAGAUGAUUUUUUUAGCUAUUUUUUUCCAUGUGUGAACUUGGGUGAUACUAAUCAUGUAAAAUAAGAGGUCCCUUAUGUAUUAUUUUGAGAAAAGGAUGGGAUGGUGGAAAAGGUGGUGGUGAUGAGUCUUUAUAUUCAUACUGCACUUUGUGUUUUCAAGGAAAUCGGUGUCUUUUACAUUGUCAGGAUGAAUCCCACAUGGGCUCCUGGUGGUGUGCUCAAGUUCAGCACUGAACAUGCAGGAAUGUCUGUGGGGUGACUCUACCGUGCUUUAUCUUUUAACAUUAAGUGCCUUUGGUCUGGGGGGGUGGUUAGAAGCCCUUCACCCGCCUCUCCCCAAAGCCUUUGGUGAAUGUGAAAUGUGUACUACACGAAGAAACCUGUUUAAUGCUAGAUGGAGAAGAGGAACAAGAACUUUGAAUGAACUCUCUUCAGGGUGUCCAGUAUUUUAUAAUAGGGAAGUAGGAAAUCUUGUUGAUUGUGGAAUAUCAGAUGCUCUGAAUCAUGCACUAUGUCGAAUAAACUGGUAUCUGCUCAAGCAGGCUUCACUCUCCUUUUGUUCCCCUCCACU